CCCUUUCCGUCAGUAUCAACGGAAAAGGCGGUCAGUUUAUCACGGAAGUAACGCAAAUUUCGGCAAACACAUCAAAACCCUCAUCAGGAGCGGUAUCAGUGGUUGUGAACGUACGAAUAAGAAAAAACCGUCAAAAUGCUCAUCGGGCUAGUCAGAGAAUCCGUUAUGCAAUGCUUUUGCCACACAUGUCGGGCCCCGUUGGCCUCAGCCGUGCAUAGGUCACAGAUGCCUAUUACCAAAGUGAAAACGAAGUCAAAGAUUUCCAUACAAGACCAACCAAAACGGGUGCAGUUUGUUACAACUGAAGUCCGUUGUCAAGAGAAAACCAAAGGAGGUCUUCGCUAUGAAGUGAUCCUUGGUGAGCCAGAUGUCAAAGCUCCCCCACCAAAGUUGUCACUCUCUCCGAAGGGCAGCAUGUCCGUCCAGGAUAUUGAAGAUAAACUAAAGGCAGCUGAGGAACGCAGACAGCAAUUGGAAUCAAACAAAAUGGCUGCUUGGUCUGCGAAAAUCAUGAAAAUCGAAGAGGCCAGUCGCAAAAAGAACGAAAAGACUUGUCAAUUCAUAUCUACCACUCGCGAUGCUCUAGAACAAAAAAUGGGCACUCACGUAGAGAAAAGGGAAGCAUAUAUCACCGACUUAAGGUCAAAACUAAAGGAUCAUAUCGAAAAUGUCGAAAAGACUCGUUUAUCUCUGGAAGUUCAAACAGAAGAAGUCAGAUCAGCUAUUGAAGAUAAACUGAAGACAGCUUCUCAACAACGCGAUGAUAACAUCAAAAAGAUGUUGGAACGCCUAAAAGAGCACGAAGAACAAGUAGCUAAGGUGAGAGAGCAAAAUACCAUAAAAUUGCAACAGUUGGACCUUGCGAUCACAGAAAAACUAGAGCAGGCUCAAUCACGAAAAGAACAGCUCGAACAAGAGCAGAAAGAGAAACUCAAGAGUUACGAGAAGCGAGCUGAGCUCGUUCGCCAGAACAAGGCCAAUCUGGUCGCCGAAGGCAAGCUGAUCCCGUCUUCUGGUUAGAAGAAGGAACCGUCACAUGGUUACAAUUAUCUAUCAUUAUAAAUCUUACUUCGAUCGAAGCUCAUUUACUUCUUAUAUCGUUUAAUAAUACAUACUUUUAGUAUUGAAGGUGGCCUUUGCGCCUGCGCUAAUAUACACGCUCCGGAAUUUGUAAAAACUUCGUUUUGCUUUGAUAUUUGGUUAAAUAUACCUGUUGGACACAUGAUUUUAUUAUCUUACGUACUACUUUAGAUAUAUUUGUUAAAGUCGUUGUUUAGAGCUGGAAUAAGCUUGAACUAAAGUAGUUUAUGUAAUAUUAAGUAAUUUAUCGUACUUUUGCUUUGCCUCAAGAUGAAGCUUUGCUUUGUGAGGGAAGUUUCACAGCUUAAGCUGAAAGUGGUUAUGCCUUCGUAUUUUAUGUGCCAUGUGUCAUGUUUCCAACACUCCUAAAUUGAUAUUCCGUUCUUCUUUGCGUGUAUAUCACCGCAGGCGCAAAACUCUUACCGCCUAAUUCUCACAUAUUGUCAGAAAUGUGGCUUCGUACUGAUAUUCAGUUUGUGUUAUUAUUGUUUUUGUCUACGUAUAUUUUUCUUUGCUUAACCGUAUUUUAUAUAUUGUACUGACUUAGUAAAAUGUUAUUUUCAUUUA